UUGAGUGGUUGCCUGAGUGUGGGGUGCAGGUGGCCGUGGUUUCGUUGGGCCUCGCGCGGCACUGGGAGCCAUGUCGGAUUGGGUGUCUUACUACCGGAGCGAAGGGCCGGAGGAGGAGGAGGAGGAGGAACAGGACGAGGAGAGGGCUGAGGCGGUCGCGGAUUACAAGUUCUUAGGUCGGGACAGCCUCAUUUUCUUAGUGGAUGCGUCCGAGGGCAUGUUUGAGCCCGACGGGGACGGUGUGACUCCCUUUGACAUGACCAUCCAGUGCAUCUCGAGUGUGUACACCAGCAAAAUCAUUAGUAGUGACAGGGACCUGCUGGGUGUGGUGUUCUAUGGCACGGAAAAGAACAAGAACUCUGCAGAUUUCAAGCAUGUCUGUGUUCUUCAGGAGCUGGAUAAUCCAGGUGCAAAGCGUGUCCUAGAACUGGACCAGUACAAGGGAGACAAAGGACAAAUACUUUUCCGUGACACCUUUGGCCACAAUGCUGACUAUUCACUGGGUGAAGCACUCUGGGCCUGCUCUAAUCUCUUCAGUGAUGUGCGAGUCAGGCUGAGCCACAAAAGGAUCAUGCUGUUCACCAACAAGGAUGACCCUCAUGCCAAUGACAGUGCUAAAGCCAAGCUGGCCAGAACCAGAGCUGGUGAUCUAAGAGACACAGGUAUCAUCCUGGACUUGAUGCACUUAAAGAAGCCUGGAGGGUUCGACAUCUCUUUGUUCUACAGGGAUAUAAUAAACACAGCAGAAGAUGAGGACCUUGGGAUCCAACCUGAGCAGUCAGAGAAACUGGAACACCUCAUGAAAAAAGUACGAGCGAAGGAGACAAAGAAACGGACUUUAUCCAGGUUAAAUCUGUAUCUGAACAAAGAUCUGUCACUUUCUGUUGGUGUUUACAACCUUCUUCACAAAGCUUACAAGCCCUAUCCUGUGAAGCUUUAUCGGGAAACUAAUGAACUGGUUAAAAUAAAAACAAGGAUGUUUAAUGCGAAAACAGGCAGCUUGCUCCUGCCUAGUGAUACAAAAAGGGCUCAGACAUAUGGAAACCGCCAGAUUGUGCUGGAGAAAGAGGAAACAGACGAAUUGAGACGGUUUGGUUCUCCAGGCUUGUAUCUGAUUGGCUUCAAACCACUGUCAAUGCUAAAACAGCACCACCAUGUCAGGCCCUCCCAGUUCAUCUAUCCUGAGGAGUCCUUAAUAAAUGGGAGUACAACGCUAUUUAAUGCCUUACUGAUGAAAUGCCUGGAGAGGGAAAUGAUGAUACUGUGCAGAUAUACUGCCCGGCAGAGCAGCCCUCCUCGCUUUGUGGCCCUAAUUCCCCAGGAGGAAGAGGUGGAUGAGCAGAAAGUGCAGAUAGCUCCUCCAGGCUUCCAUAUCAUCUUCCUCCCAUAUGCAGAUGACAAGCGGAAGGUUGAUUUUACAGAAAAGGUGCCAGCCAGUCGAGAGCAGGUGGACAAAAUGAAGGAAAUAGUUCAAAAACUCCGUUUCAAAUACAGGAUUGACAGCUUUGAGAACCCAGUUUUGCAGCAGCACUUCAGGAAUCUGGAGGCUUUGGCAUUGGAUAUGCUCGAACCAGAACAAGCAGAGGACCUUACAAGUGAGAAUUAUUGUCUGAUAAAUGGACAGAACUACGGAGAGAAUUAUUCUGGAGGAGGCAGUGAUGCCACCUUGUGGCUGUGAGAGUUCAUAGGUAAGAGUGUCUUAUUAAAGGUUAGAAACCUAUUCCUGAAGGAGAAAUUCCUUUUUAAAAAUGAUAUUGUACUCCAGGAACAGUGUUAGAGUAACUGCUUGUCUCUUCUCAAGGACACCUAACAAAUUAUCUAGGUUCCUGUGCGAGAUAUCACACAGAUACAUGUCAGAAACAAGCUGUUUUGCCUCAACCUUAGAUAGUAACCUGUUGUAUUCUAAAUAUUUAAGAUUAGACCUGGGUAACAGUGCAAGCAACUGGGAGACCUUUUAUGACACUUCCAGCAUGUCAGUGUCAGUUUUGUUCUACAUACGUAUUUCUUAUUCAGGAUAUGUGCGAGUCCAUUACAUAACAUAUGAUACAUUUUUGAUAUUAUCAAGAGCUGUAAAUUUCUCAUUUGUGGGUAUUGCAACAUAGGUCUUUGCACUUAACAUGCUUGCAAGACACUUGCUAGUUAUUACAUAGACACAAUUGUGUUGG